CCCCACAAUGAUCCCAAUGCUCAGGGGGAUGCCUUCAAGACUCUCUUUGUGGCGAGAGUGAACUAUGACACAACAGAAUCCAAGCUCCGGAGAGAGUUUGAGGUGUAUGGACCCAUCAAAAGAAUCCACAUGGUGUACAGUAAGCGGUCGGGAAAGCCCCGCGGCUAUGCCUUCAUCGAGUAUGAACACGAGCGGGACAUGCACUCCACCACGCAGCUGGCUUGCAGCUGAUGCUUACGCUCCCCUUACAACACCUCAGUGUAUGGUUGGUAUAAGGGUUUGUAUCAUGGGUAAGAUCACUCAGCACCGCACACCAGCCCAGCUUAGCCAGGCAGCUCAGGAGCAGCGAGGCACCCCUCCUCCCGCCCCAGUUGCCCCCGCAGCCUCCCCGCACCCACAGCCCUUUCCUUGUUUGGGUGCCCUUUGUCCCUCCUGCCCCGAUCCGUAUGCUUUCUGAGAAUCUUGCUGAUCGAAGGAGGGGAAGGAUGAACCCGGUGGGAAAGGCAGCAGCCUCUCCGCUUGGGCUCCACCCGGCCUCUAAUGACCCGGCUUUGCGAUGUCAGCGGUGAGGUGGCGGGAAAACCGAGGGCAGGGCACCAGGCCAGGGCUCCACUGGAACCCUUCCGCCUUCCCUCCCUGCCCCCGUGCUUUCUGUGGGGCUGCCACUGUGCUGGCCCUGGAGAAUCUUUUUGGCUGCUAGUUUGGGGGUGCUCUGCCCCCUUCCUGUCUUCCUUACUGUGGUUGAAGCCUCCCAAGGGGGCUGGCUGUGGUGUCCAGCCGCUCUCCAGAGGUGGUCACGAGCUCCCCAAAGUGCAUGGAAUUGGGGCUUGGGGUGUGGGAGGGACCAAGGGGUAAGUUGCCAGCAGCUGAAGGUGUCGUAGGUUUUAACUAAAGAACCUUCCACUGUCUAGAGACUUCAGAGAGAGGGAAAGAGAGAGAGGCCUAGACGAACACAAUCACAUGUUUUCUUUGCUGUUCUUCCCGGGUUGGGCCUCUUGGGAUUUGGGACUCUGAACCCAAGCGGGGUUCCUUCGCUUGACUUUGAUCCUGGUCCUUAAAUGCCUUUCCCCACUCCCCUCCUGUGGGUUCAGGGGCCAAGCGGCCCCUCCUCAGAGCACUGGCAGCACCAUCUCCUGGACCCCUGCGUGCCAGCCUCUGCAGAGGCAGCUGGUGGGAGGGAGCAUGGAGUUGGAGGUGGAGAAGCCACUCCUGGUCCUCUGGGUGGCGGGCUGUGUGCCUAGUUCAGUGUGACUUGGGGAUUGCUAAGGGCGGACAGGUGUUUGAGGCCUCCCUGCCUUCUUUGGAAAUUGACACACUAUAGUCUAGGGCUUUCCAGCUCCCAGCUUGGGUGGCAAUCCUCGUCUCCCCACUGUAAGGCCUCCUUGAGAUUUCUUUGGGGUCCACCACUUCCUCUGCCUGUCUCCAGGUGGUACAGGAGAUGUGGUUCCUCUUCCUCUCCUGGCUCCCUAGAAUCCCCACUUCCCCUCCCUGUAGCUUUAGCUGACCCCAUGGUGGUGGGUGUGGGGUCUGUGCGCGUGCUCAGGUAAGCUUGGGGGCUCCAGGUAAGCGGUCCCGUGUCCCCCCCCCGGGAAGCCCGCCUCCUCGCCAGGCCCCCAGGAGUUGCCGAGCCCCCCCCAUCCCGCUCGGUUUGGACACCCGCAAGGCCGGCAUCGGUAAAUGGCACCUUUUUCUCUUCCUCUGGUUGUUAUUUGGGGGGGAGCGGGCUGGGGUGGGGCAGGGUAUUAUGGUUGGUUGAGGACAGCCCCCCCUAGGCCAGGGCUGGGUGGGGGAACAGGGACUUUUUGGCCUUCCCGACAUCCCCGUGUGAUCACAGGCCAGUGCCUCAGGUUUGCCCUCUGCUGAGCCCUGCCCGAGAACAGCAGUGAGCCCCUCCCCCAUCUCCCCUCUAUGACUCCCGACUCCCCUUUCAUGGCAGGCUCAGGCUGGGGUUUGCUCCCAGCACAUGUUGAGCCAGGGUUGUGGAGAGCGAGAUGGGGCGGGGCUGGGGGGAGGCAGGGUCAGUCGUCUCAGGUAAGGCAGGGAUUCUCGGUAGCACCGCACGGCUCCCCAUGCUUCCUCCACUGCCCCUCUCCCCGGCUGCAGGGGCCCCUCCAGGCCCCCUGGGAGUGUAUAACCCGCCUCUCUGCUCCCUGCCAUUUCCUGAAGAUUUCUCCCACCCCCUUCUGGUUCAUUUUCUGUUCUCAUGUCUGUUCCCCCCACUCACCCCCCUCCAACAAAAACAAAACCGGUGUGGUCUGGGGUGCGGAGCGUCCCAGCUGGGCCUCCUGCCCUGGCAUGGUGUCUCAGGGUGCAUGCUUGGGGUUGUGGAGGAGCCCCCUCCCCCACAGCAGAGUCCAGCGUGGAGUUAACCUUCAGUUUCUUUGCAGCAAUUUUGGCCGCCCUGGUGGGAGGGGGCUGCUCCAUCGUGUGGGAUAGGAAGGACCUGGGAGCCCAGAGGGUGGCGGGUGAGGGUGGACAUCUCCCCCAGCCACGACUGGUUGGGGUGCUGAGAGGAAGCAGACACUGAGAUGGAGCAGGCCCCUCGCCGGUUUGGGAGAGGGUUGGUCUGGCUGUCAGUUGCCUGGCUGUCUGGUGGGCGUGUGCGAGUGCGUGAUGAUGGGGACACAGGGUGGGGAUGCUGUAGACCUGGGCCUGUCCUGACUAGAGGACCCUCUGGGGACUCUUCUCCCCUCCCUCUCCCCACAUCUGUUACAGCCGCUUACAAACACGCAGACGGCAAGAAGAUUGAUGGCAGGAGGGUCCUUGUGGAUGUGGAGAGGGGCCGGACCGUGAAGGGCUGGAGGCCCCGGCGGCUAGGAGGAGGCCUCGGUGGUACCAGAAGAGGAGGGGCUGAUGUGAACAUCCGGCAUUCAGGCCGCGAUGACACCUCCCGCUACGAUGAGAGGCCCGGCCCCUCCCCGCUUCCGCACAGGGACCGGGACCGGGACCGCGAGCGGGAGCGCAGAGAGCGGAGCCGGGAGCGAGACAAGGAGCGAGAACGGCGACGCUCCCGCUCUCGGGACCGGAGGAGGCGCUCACGGAGUCGAGACAAGGAGGAGCGGAGGCGCUCCAGGGAGCGGAGCAAGGACAAGGACCGGGACCGGAAACGGCGAAGCAGUCGGAGCCGGGAACGGGCCCGGCGGGAGCGGGAGCGCAAGGAGGAGCUGCGUGGAGGCGGUGGCGACAUGGCGGAGCCCUCCGAGGCGGGUGAUGCGCCACCUGAUGACGGGCCUCCAGGGGAGCUCGGGCCUGACGGCCCUGAUGGUCCAGAGGAAAAGGGCCGGGAUCGUGACCGGGAGAGACGGCGGAGCCACCGGAGUGAGCGUGAGCGGCGCCGGGACCGGGAUCGUGACCGCGACCGUGACCGCGAGCACAAGCGGGGGGAGCGGGGCAGUGAGCGGGGCAGGGAUGAGGCCCGAGGUGGGGGCGGCGGCGGCCAGGACAACGGGUUGGAAGGUCUGGGCAACGACAGCCGAGACAUGUACAUGGAGUCCGAGGGCGGCGACAGCUACCUGGCUCCGGAGAAUGGGUAUUUGAUGGAGGCUGCGCCGGAGUGAAGCGGUCCUCUCCACCUGCUGUGAUUGGACGCGUUCCUGCCCCACCCCCUUGCUGUCAUCCCCUCCCCCAACCUUGGCCACCUCAGUUUGUCCUCCAAGGGUAGGUGUCUCAUUUGUUCUGGCCCCUUGGAUUUAAAAAUAAAAUUAAUUUCCUGUUGCUACUGGG